UAAUGACAACCCCGUGACAGGCCGACUAACAAAAUUGUCUGGAGUGUAUGUCGUAGAUGCAGUCAAUCUCUGCGGGAAGGUCCAAGUUUGUGUAUUUACAAAACAACGCUAGAAUCUAAUGUUUUAAUCACGCCUUCUGGACAAUCAGUGCACAAUGCAGAAGCUCGAGAGUUUCAUGAUCCUCGUCAGCAACCUGUCGGACGUGUAUAUUUUCACGGUAGUGACCAUGUUUUCAGUGGCGGCCGUGGCCAUUUAUUGCGCCAAAAUUAUGAAUAGGAAUUUAGCGAUAGCGGAUAAAUCCACAACUGGACCACGUAAAGGAAAGAAAAAAGACAAAAAUUCUGACACAGAAGAGGAUGAUGAUGAUGUAAACGAUGACAACAGCCAACGUGAGAAUGGUGAAUUAGAAGAUUUAAGCCGGGAUUUCGUGCGUGAAAUGAAAGCAGCAAAACUAAAACAAAUAGAAAAAACUCUUACUAAUGAGCAAAUAGAGGAAGAGAGAAGAAUUGAAAAUCAGCAAUUGGCUGCAAUAUUUGAAUUACUCAAAAAACAAGAGGAAGAAUUCAAUACGGCGGGAAUGGAUGAGACGGAAUUCAAACGACAAUUAAGUCUGUAUCGUUAAGUUUGAGAUUGUGAGAGCGUGCAGUGUGUAAGCGGAUUACUUAUGAGCUUUGUUAGAAAUCAACUAGAUUAAUUGUAAAAUAUUAAAUACUAUCUUCCUACCUGAUUCACGUUCUUCGAGUGAUAUUUCAAUCGAUUUAUUCGAUAGUUGGUAUUUUAUCCCUAAACUACAAACUUAAUUAUAAAGAAUGUUAUAUUUAGUUCGACGGUAAUUAUGAAGUACAUUAAAUCAAAUAUUU